AUGGGUCCCGCGCCUCCCCGUGCCAGUUCUGCGUCCGGAGCCGGCAGCCUGGGUGCUGCGGGAGCGCCCCAGCCCGAGAAGAAGACGGGCUUCCUCAGCAUGUUCAGCCCCUUCACAGACCCAGAGGCCAACAAGCGCCUCAUCGCGCUCUGUACAGCCCAAAUGCUCUGCUCCGUGGCCACCCUCAUCCACGACACUUACCUGCCCGUGUACCUGAGCGAGGUGCUGCACCUCAGCAACUCCAAGUUCCUGUCCAAGGCCUCCGGCAGCGUCUCCGGCACGGCCGCCGACCUGCUCACCCCCGCGCGCAUGGUCAUCUUCGGCACGCUGCUGACCACCAUCAACAAGCCCAUGUUUGCGGCCUCGGGCGCGGUGUACGCCGGCUUCGGCGCCUCGGCCUGCCUCUACUGGAUCACCUUUGGCAAGAUCUUCGACCGCGUGAGCAAGGGCAUCCGCGAGGCGCCCAGCAAGGCCCUCAUCGGCGAGCUGGCCGCCGCCUCGGGCGACUCCCCCGCCGCCGCCUUCUCCCUGCGCCAGUCCAUGGCCACAUUUGGCGCGCUGGUGGGCGCCGCCUCCGCCGCCGCCGCCUACAAGCUGAGCGGGCAAAACUACGUGGCCACCUUUGCGCUGGCCGCACUGCCCGCCACCCUGGCCCUGGUCCUGGUGUCCGCCGCCUUCCGCGGCGUGGUGGUGGGACCGGCGCGCGACGCCGCUGGGCCACGCGCGGAUGCGACCGCCGCAGCCUCCGCCGGUGACGGCCCGCGCCUGGGCCUGGUGGGCAAGGCACGCGCGCUGCUGGGUGCCUUCCAGCCCGCCUACUGGCAGGCGCUGGCCGUAGUGGGCAUCCUCUACUUUGCGCGCUUCGAUGCCAGUUUCGUCACGCUCCGCGCCAAAACGGUCAUGGACCGCGCCUCGCUGCCGGCCCUCACCUCCAUCAUGAUGGUGACCCAGGCCGCGCUGGCCACGCCCGCCGGCCUGCGCGCCAAGCGCUCCGUCGCCGCGCGCAACGCCGUGGUUGUGCUGGGCAUCUUUGCUCUCAUCGGGGCCAACGCGGCCUUCGCGCUCCUCCCCUCCACGCCGGGCAUGAUGCUGGGCGCGCUGCUCAUCGGCGUGCACAUGGCCAUGACCCACGGCGUCACCAUCGGCAUGCUGUCCACCUACAUCCCCUCGGCCACCAUCCCGGGGCUGGGCAAGGUGGCGGGGACGGCCUGGUCCUUCACCGACAUGCUCCUGGGCGUGGUGCUGGCCUACAGCAACUCGCUGGCGGGGCGGCUCGCCGACAUCAGCACCCAGCGCGGCAUGGGAAACGUCGGCUGCUUUUAUGGCGGCGCCACGGCCUGCGUCCUUGCCAUCGCGGCCCUCCUCCUCUUCUCCACCUUUGGCUCCCUGGGACGGGAAGACCUGGUACCCAGCAAGCCCAAGCGGGCCUGA